AAAAGACCGCUGCUAUCACUAACAGGAGCAUGAUGACGGUCGUUUUAAUACAUAUCUAAGAUCUUCAAGACCGACGUCUUCACACUUUCCCAAUCCCUUGACUGCUACCAUUACAUAGAUACAACAUGCCUCAUGGCAGAACCGGUGCCUAAGAAUCCGUCAUAUGAGGUUGAAAAGCCCAAGUUCUCGCAGUUCCUUACCUCUUCCGUUGUGACCGUCACCGUUGCAAAGUCGAGAGCGUUCUACCUCCAUUUCGACCUUCUCAUUGCCGAAUCAGAAAGAUUCUCUAACAGCCUGACGGGCAAGUUCAAGGAAGCAGAGGAAAAAGCUAUUGAAUUAGUGGAUGAAGAUCCCGAGCUUUUUGGAUUCUUUAUUAAAUACCUUUACCACAAUCGAUCUCUUCUUUCCCGCGAGAUCCAGCAUUACUCUGAAUACGUGACGCUGGCACGCCUCUAUGCCAUAGGAGAACGCCUUAUGGCACCGAAAUUCAAGGCGUACUCUUUUUGGAGAUUUGUCCAGUCACUAAGUAGCGACACGUUCAUCUCAGAUGAAAGCGUUUGUAAACUGCUCCGGAUCGCAUGUACAGAAAUUGCGGAGAGAGCCAGAGAGGAUCCUAUGAGAGCUUACAUAUUCUGGUACGCAGGGGCGAAGAUCAGCAAGCUUCAGAAAUCUGGCAUGUUUCGUCAAUUGUUAUGUGAUAAUCCGGAUCUGGGCAGGUAUUUAUGCUUAUGGAUAGGUGAAAGUAAACCAGCAAAAGCGGACAUGCCGAAUGAGCUUCGAUACCAGAAAUUUGCCCCGGAAAGCGAGUACCCCAUGCAAGGCGCCUCUAAGGCCGCUCCAAAGGCCGAAUAA